AUGCGCAUCUACAGCUUCUCACUCAUCGUCCUUGCCCUCACUGGCGCCGCCCACACCUUCAACUUGGUCACACUUGACGUCGUCCCGCCUCGUUCAAACACCCCCAGUGCUCUUCCUGCCCGCUCCGAUCUUCCGACGCAGCUCGACAAGGCCUUGCCCCGCUCGGAAGCCUGCGCGCAGAGGGCGGUCUCGCCCAACCUGUCCAGACGUCUCUCGGACCUCGAAAGUGCCAACACUGAACGGGCUCCUGCCAUGGCCAACAGAGCAACGGGAGGUAGCUCGACCCAAGAGGGGCGCAGACCCCGCUCCAACUCCGAGGCCCUCCGGCGUGGCCUCCCUCUCCUGCGUCCUUUCCGUCGUCGCUCAGGAUACUACCCUCAGCCUUCUUGCCAUCCUAACAAGCCUUGUCACCACGAAGCGGGAACGGGUUCGGGUCUGGGUGGGGCCUGCUCGAUUCAGGCAGACCUCCUUGGUAUAUCCGUGGGUCUGAGUUGCCGCCGCGGACUCGAAAACAACUCUCACAUCGAUCUUGCGGCAUGCCUGGUCUUUUUACCUGAGCAGAACGUCAUUGCUUGCAGUCAUGACACUGGCCCCUCUGACUUUCACAACGUCUGCCAGAUGUGCGAGAUGCUUGAUCCCCACCUCAUGCAGUGCCUCUGCAAUGGCGUUCCGUCGGUUAUCGCCAUCGAUGAAUGCAUCGACUAUUCCAAGGGUAGGCUCACCUGCCGCCAUUAA